ACCUAGUGAAAAACCACAUUGAUAGCCGGCUGACCGAGAUGCAGGUGACCAUCGACAGGCAGGAGGCACGGCUUAUUGCUAUGGAGCAAAAGGCCCACAAGAGCGAGUGCGAUCUGAGGGAGGCCAUUGACCACCAGGAGGCUAAGAUCAUGGAUCUGCAAACUGGUGCCCAGAGUGCUAGCAAGAAGCUGGAGACCUUGGUUGCUGCUUCAUCCCGAAAAGAUGAGCAAAUUAAGUUGCUGAAGAGAGAGCUUAAUGCCCAGGAGCAGUACUCCCGAAGAAACUGCCUUCGUAUCUUCGGGAUCCCUGAGCGCCAAGAUGAGGUCACUGACCAGGCAGUCAUUCAUCUGGUGAACGACUCACUUGGUGUUUGUCUCGAAAAGCAUGACAUCGAGAGAAGUCAUCGCCUGAGAGUCCUGCCGAAACAUCCAGGAAAGGCCAAUUCACCUGCGCCAAUUAUUGUCAAAUUCCAAUCAUACAGGAAGAGAAGUGAAGUUCUGGCCAGCAGAUGUAAGCUUGCCGGCACACGAAAGUCAAUUCAAGAGGACUUGACCAAAGAAAACGUGAGGCUGCUGAAGGCGACCCGCGACAGUAAAGAGGUCAAGGCUGCGUGGACCAGGGAUGGGCGAGUUAUUGCCCUUGUCCCUGCCACAAACGGCAAAGAACUAAAAAGGACGAUCAACUCUCUCGAAGACUUGAACAAUUAACAGUUAACUUACUAGUUCCUACAUUGUCUUGCCAUGGUCAGAUAACCAUGUCUGGUUUUAAGUGUGCUAUUAAUGUACAGUUUGUACUUUUUUGACAUGCUUUGUUUUUUGUAUCUUGUAUCUUAUAUACUUUUUUUCUUUUCAUUAUGCUUGAUGUUACAAUUUUCCUUGUUUUUCAUUGCCCUUCUCUUCAUUCCCCAUUUCUGAGUCUAUCCCAGUUUCCUUUUCCCGUUUCCCCUUUUCUCAGUACCCUACAUGAAUUGCUGAAUAUGAGUUUAUUUCACCUUAUGCAGUUUUUUUUUGUCACGUUUUCUCCUUUCUUGCAUGUUUGUCUGUAUUGCCAGCCACCUACUAUACAAUACUUUCAUGUAAUGUUGCACAUUCAGUAUCAAUAUGGCUCAAAUGGAUGAUGAAAUUUGUAGAUUUUAUGAAGACAAUAUGAGCAAUUUAUGUGACGGUUAUGAUAUCCCUAAUGUUAAUUGUAAUUAUCAUACAGAAGAUCAAUUUUUUGAAACAGCAUCUAAAUAUAAUCAUGCGAACAGUGGCUUAACUCUUCUUCAUAUAAACAUGCGUAGUGUUUGUAAGAAUUUUGACAAAAUGUUAAGAUUCAUUGAUAAUAUCAAUCUAGGACGUGUAAUACUUGGUGUCACUGAGACAUGGUUUACGAGUGAAGCCGAUAGGAGCCUUUUUUCUAUUUCUGGUUUUAAUCUUGUUAACAACAAUAGACAAAGUAGACGUGGAGGAGGUGUUGCUUUGUAUAUUCCUUCCCCAAGUAGAAUACCAGAUACAUCACGAUCUUGAUAUAAUGUCAGAUCAUAUAUAGAAACUAUCUUUGUUGAGAUUGAUAACCCUGGUCAAAAGAAUCAUUUUAUAGGAGUUGUAUAUAGGCCCCCAAAUGGUAACUUUAAUGGUUUUGUAAAUGAAAUUCAGUCAAUUUUAGACAAUCCACUUUUAGUUGGAAAGUCACUCUAUCUUAUGGGAGACUUUAAUUUGAAUUUAUUACUUUGUAAUAACGAUAAUCGAAUUGAUGUUUUUCUAAACAUGUUAAUGUCUUUCUCAUUAUUGCCCCUUAUCACUAAGCCAACAAGAAUAACAGAAGUUUCCAGUACUUUAAUUGACAAUAUUUUUUGUAAUGUUCAACCAUAUCCACCUUCUGGAAUUAUAGUAUCUGACAUGUCUGAUCAUUUUCCUCUAUACUGUAUGUUGUCUUCGGUGAAAUUGAAUUGUGAGCCUAGAGGCCGUACGUCUGUCCGUAAAGGAACUCCUGAAAAUAUUGCCAAAUUGAGAGAGGCAUUAAUUGCAACUGAUUGGAAUGAUGUUCUUUCAGACCAAAAUGUUGAAAGUGCUUUUGAUAGUUUCUUUAAUAAAUUCAUGUUGUUGUAUGGUGAGAAUGUUCCUCUGGUUUAAUAUAAAAAGAAGAAUUAUAAUAAAGUUCCUCGUAUGCCAUGGAUAACUAGGUCAAUUACUAAGAAAAAUAAGUUGUAUUAUCAAUAUAAAAGGAGAAGCUCUGAUUUUUUGUGGAGGAAGUAUUCUAAUUAUAGAAAUACUCUUACUUCUGUAUUGCGUGAUGCUAAGAAAAAAUAUUACUCUGCUCAAUUUCAAAUGACAUUUAAUAAUAUUAAGAAUACAUGGAAAGUAAUUAGAAGUUUUUUUAAACCAUCAGUAAAAACUACAAAUAUCAAAUGUAUAAAUGUGAAUGGUUGUUCCAUAGAAGAUAGACAAAUUAUUGUGGACAAUUUUAAUGAUUAUUUUUGUAAUGUCGGGCUGAAACUUCAGGACUCUAUUCCUAGAU